UCCCACUUCCCGCAUCCGAUUCGUUCUCUUCCUUCUCUUGUCGAGUGUUUUGUGUCCGUGUUUCGGUGGAAAACAUUUCAAACUCAAACACAAAUCUAGUCACCGACGACGACAACGAUGCAAUGGACCAUCUAACCCGUGAACGUUCGACGCGCGUGAUAACGUAAGGCCAAAGAAAAUCGAAAACAAACCCUCGUAGGCCAAUUAUUGGAUCUUAUUGGCACCACUAAACCAGUAGUGCUAUGACUCAAUCCCUCAAGGACACGAUGAAGUCGGCCGGAAUCUACUUUCUAGUGAUUUGUGCGUUCCUGUUUACCUCGUUCUACAAUGUUGCAUCUGACGUGGCCAUCCAGCGACCUGCGGCUCCAUCGCCAGGAGUGUCCGUAACAACCGCAGCAGUGGUAUUAGCAACCCAUUCGAAUGCAUCGUCUCCGACUGUUGCAACCGGCAGUACAGUCGGUGUGGUACCAUCUGUCUCACCCGCUCCGGCCCCGUCUACGGUUAAAGAGAAUGGCACUGCGGUAAACACUGCAUCAACCCUGGUAGCGACUGCCACUGCGACAAGCACUACUGGCGCCAACAGCAGUACGUCCGUUACCAUGUCGCCCGAAAAAAGUGCUGUGGAGCAGGAACACUACAGCUCGAUGUCGAUAUUUUUCGUCCUGUGCGUAAUUGCGCUUGGUAUACUGUUGAUUCACAUGAUGCUGCAGACAGGCUUCCAGUACCUGCCGGAAAGUAUUGUGGUCGUAUUUUUGGGCGCACUGAUCGGAUUAAUCCUGAACGUAUCCUCCGUAAAGCAUAUUGCCAACUGGGAGCGUGAGGAAGUGUUUUCACCGACCGCCUUUUUUCUGGUGCUGUUGCCUCCGAUCAUUUUCGAAUCGGGGUACAAUUUGCAUAAAGGCAACUUCUUCCAGAACAUUGGAUCGAUUCUGGUGUUUGCCAUCAUUGGAACGACCAUUUCGGCCCUAGUAAUUGGUUCCGGUGUGUAUUUACUCGGUCUGGCGGAAGUUGCCUAUCGGUUGAACUUUGUCGAAUCGUUCGCCUUUGGGUCGCUUAUUUCCGCAGUCGAUCCUGUGGCUACGGUGGCGAUCUUUCAUGCACUGAAUGUGGACCCCGUAUUGAACAUGUUGGUGUUCGGUGAGUCUAUCCUAAACGAUGCCAUUUCAAUCGUGCUUACCACAACCGUAAUGCCGAUGGUUUCGGAUUCCGGCACCAAUGCCAGCACGGGAGAAUCAAUCUUCUCCGCCCUCAACACCUUCUGCAUGAUGUUCUUCGCAUCGGCCGGCAUUGGCGUUGUGUUUGCACUGAUGAGCGCGCUGCUGCUGAAACACAUCGAUCUACGCAAGCAUCCUUCGCUCGAGUUUGGCCUCAUGCUGGUAUUCACCUACGCACCGUACGUACUGGCCGAAGGUAUUCAUCUGUCCGGCAUUAUGGCAAUUUUGUUUUGCGGUAUUGUGAUGUCACACUACACCCAUUUCAACCUGUCGACGGUGACACAAAUAACGAUGCAGCAGACAAUGCGAACCCUUGCCUUCAUCGCUGAAACGUGUGUCUUCGCGUACCUCGGGCUGGCCAUAUUCUCCUUCAAGCAUCGCUGCGAGCUAUCGUUCGUGAUCUGGGCGAUCGUGCUCUGUCUUAUAGGGCGCGCUUGCAACAUCUUCCCGCUGGCCUGGCUGGUGAACCGAUUCCGUGAGCACAAGAUUACCAACCGUAUGGCUUUCAUCAUGUGGUUCUCCGGGCUACGUGGAGCAAUUUCGUAUGCGCUUUCGCUGCAUAUGCAAUUUUCUACUGAAGAAUCCCGGCACGUCGUUAUCACGACCACACUCAUUAUCGUGCUGUUCACAACGUUAUUCUUUGGCGGUUCCACGAUGCCGCUGAUGAAGUACCUGCAGGGCGGAAAGAAGGUAAAGCGAACAUCACGAGCGGGCCGUGCCGGGCGGAAACGGAAAGAGAAGGCACUGUCGUUGAGUAAAACACGCGAAUGGGGUCAGGCGAUUGAUUCGGAACACCUGUCCGAGUUAACCGAGGAGGAAGAAGUCAGUUUUACACAGUCCCGAAUCGGAGGAUUUACACGAUGGGAUCGAAAAUUCUUUACACCUUUCUUUACGCGCCGUUUUACGCAUCAGGAACUUCAUGAUUGUAAGAGCCAAAUGGCGGAUUUGACCAACAAAUGGUACCAGGCAAUAAGAAUAUCUCCGGAUGAUCCGGAUGAGGAAGAUGAUGAUGAUCCGGAUGCUGAUGCAAUAUCGGAACGAUCCACUACAAACAUCGUAUUUCCUGGACCAAGCAGUCGCAGUGGAAAAUCCUGAUCCACUGAUAUGCCCGGGCACGCAAUACGCUCCCUGCCGGAUCCUACGUCACCGACAUCGUCCGUAGCGGAUCCGCCUGUCAGCAAGGAUGCCGCAGUUGAUUGCCUUCCCGGGAACGAUGGCCUGUACGAUACGUCACCCUUGCGUACGGUCGAUUUCCUGUAAAUGGUUUAAUCCACAAGCAGCCUUUAACCGUACCCAAACACGUGGAAAGCAAAACAAAACGUGUCCAAUAUAAAUAUGGUGCAGCCACAUCUCAUCGGCUAGUGACAGACAUAAUGAACAACCCGACGAUGGCGUGGCGUAUUGGCUGGUGCUUCGUACACGAACAGGAAAGGAACGUUUUAGCUAUCUUAUAAACAAAUUAAUUGUACGUAAAUGAAUAAUUGGGUGAUAAUUCGCUAGUCAAAUGCAGGGAAUAGGGAAUGUUAAACAAACAAUGGGAACAUUUUCAAGCGUGGGGUGGUUUUUUUUCUUGAUAUCGGCCGGCAUUGAAUGCGGGUUACAGCUAGAUUUUGUAAUAGACAAUUUCAACAUAGCCAUACACGUAGCUGUUACUAUGACAUAACUAUUCACCCAGUAAAGAAUCUUACCAACGGUACAUACGAAUCUAGUAUAGGUAUCCAGAUAUAGAUAGGGCAAUAAUCAAGGAGUAUUGCAUCACAUUACUACAAACAUAAAUAUUGAAAGCUCUUUUAUAGCGUAAUAUAUAACAGAAACAAGUUAACGCACAGCAAGCAUUAUUAUGUUGAGAAUAUACAAAAUUGUCGCUUACAUUUACGCCUGCAAACUACAAAAAAUUGUGAGAUGCAGCGAUUGUCCACAGUGCACGUGUCGUUAGUGUGAGCAUAGCAUAACCUUGCCAGAAUCUACCCUAAACUCCGCUCCAUCGUAAUAUUUAGAGUCAGCGCAUCGGUUUAGGUUUUUCCGCCCUUCUUCUAAGUCUCUUUUCCAGUGGUACCAAAGGGAGGCGUUGGUUUGCUUGUAUUUUUUUUUGUUCAUUUCUGUACGGAAUUGUUUGUGUCUCUAAGCUAUCGUUACAAUAAACAAAACUGUUUCGCAAGUGGUUGCAGCAGUAACAGCAACUACAUCAUGCGGCUCAAAGACGUUUCAUUUGAAUCCCGUGGUUCAACUAUUGGAGAGGUACUUCGUUGGCAAUAAUUGCUACCUUGCCUUCCUAGAUAAGAUAAGGCCCGGGAGCGCCAGGUUACUUGGUGUAACACGACACGCCACCUUGUGAUUGUGGGUAAUCUAAUGUGUAGCCCCCCGGGGGUCUAUGUUAUGAAAAUGGAACGAGUAUUUAGUAUUGGCGUAAAACACAAAAAGCCCGGCCUAUUAAAAUAAACUUUUGCUACUGGGUAUUACUUGAGCUUCAUAUAGUCCCGAUUAUUAUCUUGUAACAUUGUAAUUUAAAUUGCAGUUUAUAUUAAAACCAGAUUUUAAAGUAUACCGUCUACAAGUGAAAGCAACUAGUAAACUUAUGGUUAAAAUCAACAACCAUUCAGAGAAACCAGCCCAAUUUGUUUAACAUAAAUUUAACAAACAAAAUAAACUAAAUUUUGAAAUCAA